AUGGCAGCGGCUGAUCUACCCUCAGAAAUCCUCUACGCCAUCUUCGAAGAGUGUGCCACGCUCGCCCACGAGCAUGAUCGCGACGAUCGUCCGUGGCAAGCUCACUUAUGCAAGCCUGAAUGUCUUCUGGACUGGAUCUAUGUCACGCACGUCUGCCGACACUGGCGUGCUGCUGCUUUUUCAUGGUCUCCGCUCUGGACCCGCCUGGUCUUGGUUUCUAAACCAUGGGCAAACGCGCUACUAUCUCGCUCCGGAACUAUACCUGUUAGCAUCUCAACAGAUUUCAAGGAAAAGGAAUGGGAUAGAGACAUUGUUUUGGAGAAUCUUAGUCGAAUCAAGGAGCUCGUCCUUGGAACAUCCAACUUUGCUUCGCUUGAAGAGAUUUUCAAUGUCCUUGGAACAAGCGAUCCCGAUCACGGCACCAUAAUGCUUGAAUCACUCAGCAUCACGACCGUAGAUCCCAGUGACUAUCCCAACGUUAUGCAUGUUUCACCCAACGUCAGCUUUGCUAACGACCACAAACUAAGACGACUGCACCUUGACUUCUUCCCAUUUGGGCUUCAUUUCAUGGCAUUGGAUGGCAUGCAAAAUCUCGUCGAGCUAUCAAUUUCAGGUAUAUCUAUGGCUGAUUGGUUUGACGAACUCGAAGGGCGGACUAUCCAUCUUCCCCGGCUUUCUCGGCUUCACAUAGCCGAUGGCUGGGAAGAAUCCAGCGCAUUUUUGGCAGCCCUCCAAUAUUCCAAUCCUCUUCAUUACCUAGGGUUGGAUACAGGCGGCGGAGCUAGCACAAAAACUCUGCUGCAGUGCAUCCUCAUCACUCUUGGAAGAUAUCAUGCGGUCAAGGCACACAAACCCUGGAAAUUCCCUCUCACAAUAUCUGGUUAUUACUAUGCUCUUGGCAUAGACGUGGCGAUGGAACGCACAGGUGACAACGAAACAAGCCAUUCAACAACGUUCUGCAUCGAAGCUAUUCAAUCAUCUCCUCUCAAUAGCUCCCAGCUUCAUGAUCUCCGUAAAAAGACUAUGCGCGAGAACUACCCUCGUUUAACAUCCGUGUCGGAUGGUUCUCCGGGGUUUCAUUUUAGCAGUAUGAGCGCCUUAGAUGACGCUCUUCGCUUUUUCGGGAUCCUUUCAGCAGUGUUCCCGGUCAGCUCUAUCGUCGCGCUGACCAUUUCCCGUAAGCGCGGAUCCGGGGAUACUAUUUCUGCCUCCGUCCUUUCCAUUAUACUCAUGUCUCUGCCAAAUCUGGCGACUUUCUUGACAUGCCGUACUCAGCUGUCGAAUAUCGUGCUUGCGCUUCUUCCGCGCCGGACCGGCUCCAAGAUCUGGCCGAUGCCUGCUCUCCGCCUACGCGAGCUUUCACUAUCCUGUAUAGACGAUGUGAGUGAUAUAGGCGUUGAUUGUUUAGUAGAAGACCAACCCCGUUACAACCUGCCGGCGACGCUAUCACUCUCAAAGUGCCUUGCGUACCGCUCGAAUUGGACGUCACUCGACAGGCUCUCCCUUACUCGUUGUGCCAGCAUUGACGAGAAUGAGCGGGUGGCUCUCCGAAGGCUGAAGAUGAUUGUGAUCGAGGAUGAAUUGCUGAAUCAUUGA